AUGUUUUCCUCGGAGAAGAGCAAUGAACUGCCAAUGUACAAGGACAAGCCGUAUAAUUAUUCAGGCAAGGGCAGCAAGAGGGCUCUGCAAUGGUUACGACAGAAGAGAACGUUCGCGGGCGUACUGGCCGGUCUGGCGUUGCUAAGCUGGUGGUUUGGGAUAUUGUCACCUUUGUCGUAUUUCGCAACCAGCGGAGAGGGGAGCAGUAGCACUGCGCCCGGAGUACAGAAGGAGAAGUCGUCUUGGAGUCUGUGGGGAGGUAAAGAGGUGGUUGCAUGGGAUGACAGGGCAGAGAAAGUGAAGGAGGCAUUCAAAACUUCUUUCGCGGGCUAUAAGAAAUAUGGAUGGGGUUUGGACGAGUACCACCCCGUGAGCCAUACUGGCAAGCAGAUGGUCCCCAACGGAAUGGGUUGGAUAAUUGUGGAUGCCUUGGACACGAUGAUGCUCAUGAACCUGACCACGGAACUGGAGGAAUCACGGCAGUGGAUACACUCCAAUUUGACAUAUGACCAAGAUCAUGAUGUGAACACAUUCGAGACCACGAUUCGGAUGCUGGGAGGCCUACUCUCGGCCCACUAUCUGAGUGUUGCCUUCCCUGGCACAUACGCACCUGUACAGGACGGACUGAGCGACGAUUUGUACGUUGAGAAGGCGGUUGACCUGGCGGAUCGAUUGCUUGGUGCUUAUAACACAAAAUCCGGUGUUCCGCUUGCGAGCGUCAACCUCCACAAUUCGCAAGGGAUCGAGUCCCACGCAGAUGGCGGAGCAUCGUCAACCGCCGAAGCAACAACGUUGCAGCUUGAGAUGAAGUAUCUGGCCAAGCUGACCGGCGAGACGCACUACUGGGAGCAUGCCGAAAAAGUCAUGAAAGUCGUAGAUGACAACCAAGCUAAAGAUGGAUUGGUCCCCAUCUUCAUCUAUGCCGACAAGGGCACAUUCCGAGGUGAAAACAUCCGUCUGGGCAGUCGAGGCGACAGCUACUACGAAUACCUCAUCAAGCAGUAUCUGCAGACUUCGCAGCAGGAACCGGUGUAUCAAGAGAUGUGGAAAGAGAGUCUGGCUGGUGUGAAGAAGCAUUUGCUCACUUACAGCUAUCCCAGCAAUUUUACUGUUCUUGCGGAAAGGCCAUCUGGCAUUGACCAAUCUCUGAGCCCGAAGAUGGACCAUCUGGUCUGCUUCAUGCCUGGCACGAUCGCGUUGGCGACUACCGGUGGACGAUCCCUUGCGGAAGCCAAGAAAGACAAGAAUUGGGGUCCUCAGCAAGAGGAAGACAUGCGUCUCGCGAAGGAGCUCACGAAGACUUGCCUAGGCAUGUACCGCACGCCCACCGGUCUGGCUCCGGAGAUUGCACACUUCCACAUUCACGAUCCUCCGUUGAUGUACAAGGAUUUCACACCCGAGACCCAGCCACAAAGCCCCGAAGCUUUCGAGAAGUGCAAAGACAAGGCGUGUACCGAGAAGGAGGCUGUGGGUGGUGAAGACUACAUCUGGAAGCAGGGCGACCUGCACAAUCUCCAAAGACCAGAGACAGUAGAGAGUCUGUUCUACAUGUGGCGCAUCACGGGAGAUGAAAUGUACCGCAAGGCAGGUUGGGAAAUGUUCGAAGCGUUCAUGAAGUACGGCGCAGUCGAGGACGGAGAAGGCUACAGCAGCAUCGCCAACGUGGAGAAGAUCCCGGUGACGCUGCGAGAUAACAUGGAGAGCUUCUGGCUGGCCGAAACUCUCAAAUACUUCUACCUCCUCUUCUCGCCCAACGACAUCCUCCCCCUCACGGACGUCGUCUUCAACACCGAAGCGCACGCCUUCCCGAAGUUCGAGAUGGGCAAGUUGUUCAAGACCGGCUGGGAACGAAAGGCUCGCGGUAGUCCGCCUGCCCCGCAGCAGGGUAACGAUGACCACCAUGAGAUCAGGACGAUCAUGGUUACUAAGACAUUUCAGCAGGAGACUGAAGCGACUCCACCGCCCGUGGCUCCUGCCGCGUUGUAG